UUAGACACCUGUCCCGUGUCUAAAUGUUGUCGAGAGUUUGUUCAAGUAUCAUUUUCCUAUAUUUUUGCCAUUGAGAGGAAAGGAAGGGCACCGCGUGGUUUAUCUAUUCCCAUCCAUUUCCAAGAAGAAGGAAAACCAGCGCAGAGGAGAUCGGAGAUACCAUAAAGAUGCGGUCUCAGGUGUUCUCGCUCUCAGCCAAUACCAGCUUUCUGCGCCAAGCUCUUCCACUUCUCGUUAAACCCUACAAAACCAUUCUCUCGCCCACUGCUCUCACUUCCGCAUCUGCUUCACAAUCCCUCCUUUGCAAUAUUCCACUUCUUGCACCCGUCAACCUAUUCCCCUCCAGUUCUCUUCGCAACUUCACCUCACGAGCCACCCAUGUCAAUGACGCUGGCUCCGUCGACUUGCCUCUUAUUCAGUCCAUGCACAACAAGAUAAAGGAACAACUCAAUGCAGAAUCUGUCACCGUGAAGGAUGUUUAUGGCGAUGGUCGGCAUGUUAGAAGGAGACGAGCGGCUGGAAGAGGUGCUGGAAGAAGAAAAUUUGGAAGGAAUCGAAGUCAAGAUCGGAGAGUAGGACGUUCGGGCAAUAGUAUAGUUGUAGUAAGUAUUGAUGUGGUAUCUACUGCCUUUGAGGGACAAUCAGCAGUUAAUAGGCAAAGGAUGGUCUAUAAAGCUAUAUGGGAGGAGCUUCAGAGUGUAGUCCAUGCAGUUGAUCAAAUGACUACUAGCACUCCUGCUGAAGCAGCCGCAAGAAGUGACAGAGGAUAAUGAGAGCAUACUUUGACUUCUUAUUCACGCUCUUUAUAGAUUUUUGCAUUGCUGUUUUCUAGGAAUGAAUUCCUAAUUUUAAACUACCAUUACAGUAUUUCACAUGCUACUGAACAUCAGGUUUUCAAUGCCACACUUCCUUGGAGUUUCUACAUUC